AAACAGCUGUCUUGAAAAAGCUCACUACCUCUCUCUCAUCAAAAAUCAAAAUUCAAAUUCAAUUUCCUCAUUUUUGUGCUUUCUAAUUACAAAAUUAAUUUUCAUAAAAAAAAAUAAACAAGGAAAACAAAUAACAGCUAGAUAAAUGAUGUCAUUCUCGUUUCAUUAUUCCUAACUUCUAAGGGAUAGGUAAUAAUCGGCACAAUUAAAACGCAUGUGCUAUAAAUAUGAAUAAUUUAUCAAUGUAAUCGCAAAGGUUUCAAAUCACAAUUUUUGGCUAUGUUAUCCUCCUCCAGUAGUCUGAAUGACCAAGAUGUCAAACUGCGUCAUCGAAAUGCUAUGACAGUUUCUGUUUCUGCUACAACAACCAGUCAACCAGAAAAAGACCCACCAUACACGGGUGACAUUAUUCAAGAUAAAUUUCACACGGAACAAAAAUCCGCAACAAAAAAACAAUUAGUUGAAGACCAUCAUUGCUGUAGGAAAUCUAGUGAUUUACUCAGUAAUUCGUCGUCAUCGGUCAAGAGUAGCGCGAAGUCGAGUUCUUUAAUGGAAAAACCACAUCGUCGACAAACAUUAAGUGAAAGUUCUGACGAAAGUCAAUCAAACCAAGUUACGACAGUUGGUGAUUGUAUGGAAUACAGAGGGAAGUCAUCUGGUGAUACAAUGAGACCGAAUUCUCUUCAACGUCAGACGUCUGCAACCAAUUCAACUGGGGUCGCUGCUUCACAAAGCAGUAUCUUGAUGCGAUAUGUAAAUAUUUUCGUUGAGAUUGCUGUUAGGGUUUUACUUGUUUACGGUACAGCAAAACUGGAACGAACAGAAUCAUUUAAACGACAAAUUCACCCAGAAGAAGUAUGGCUUUACAAAAAUCCUAUUUCCAAAGACUAUGUCCCCGCUUCGACUGCUCUCUUUUGGAUUUUAGUCGCUCCAAUCGUACUUAUAACAACCCAUUUUCUGAUGUGUCGGGAUAAAAAAGAUUUCAAACAAGCUUUUUCUGCCUUUACCCUUGGCUUGGCCAUGACUGGAUUUCUGACAAGUCUCAUUAAAAUCAGUGUAGGACGCCCACGACCAGAUUUCUUUUAUCGAUGUUUUCCCGAUGGAGUUAUGGGUGAAAGCUUCGAACAAUGUACAGGAGAUCAAAAAGUAAUUGAAGAGGGCAGAAAAAGUUUCCCCAGUGGGCAUUCUUCAAUGUCAUUUGCUGGUUUUGGUUUCAUGUCAUAUUAUUUGGCCUCAAAGCUUCACGUCUUUAAUGAUCGUGGCCGAGGACAAUCUUGGCGUCUAUGUAUCUCAUUGGUGCCGAUGUUUGUUGCACUAGAAGUGGCUGUCAGCAGAACAUGUGAUUAUCAUCAUCAUUGGCAAGAUGCGCUGGUGGGUUCAUUGAUUGGGAUAUGUGUGUCAUAUUUGUCAUACCGACAAUAUUUUCCAUCUAUUUUCUCCAAAAACUGCCAUCGAGCGUAUUCUUCUAGAAGUGGAAUCUUAGCAAAUAAAACAAACUGCUUUGUUGGCUCUGCCACUAAUGCAGGUGCGGACGAUACAGAUGAGAAUCAGCCGCUUAUACGUACUGACAAAGAAAACAAAUGGAUAUAAAAUAGUUAAUCAUAAUUUAGGACAAUUUAUCAUAAUUGUGUAUAUUUAGUUAUCUGAUAUAGUUUUAAGUUAAUAUCAAAAUUUUGUUCGUGUAUAUUAUGUAUAAGCUAAAAAUUGCUUAUUUAUGGUCUUCCUAAAUCAUUCCCUUGUUUGAGACGAAAGUAGUGGAAAUGUUAAAUGCUGGUAUACAAAAUGAUGAUUAUCAUCAGUAUUACGAAUGUAUGUUAAAUUGGCAAGAACAAAAUAUUUAUAUUUAUGGUGUUGAUAAAAAACAUAAUUGUACUUUUGUAUUGAAAAAAUAAAAGCACACAAGCGUAUUUAUAAUUAUAA